UUUACACUGCACUGUGAGUAUAUAUUAGUAUAGUUUGUUGUUUAAACAUAUACAUAAAUAUAAAUUCACAAAAAUAUACAGCGAUUAUUUUUUCCAUGAUUUUCAUAGCAAAAUCUUCAGUGUUAAAUGUACACUGCUGGUGUAUAUUUGAGUACCAUACUUAUGUAUACACACAUUUUACACUGGUGAUUUUGCUGGGUUACUUUACAUUUUUAACAUUGCUAAUUGCAUCAAAUGUCUGUUGCUGUUUUGUUGGCAAUCGUUGCGUAUGUGCAUAAACAACAUGCACAUAUAUGCGAAUGAAAAGUUGCCCAUGGAUAGUGCCAAGAUGUUUCAGCAAGUGUUGCCUGCUCCUAAUUCGUUCCGCCCACGUAAGUUAAGUAAAUUAAAAUGUAAUUUUGAUUAAACAUAAGCAUUUAAGGUAGCGUUGAAUUUUUUUACAGUGUAUGUGAUCGCCUACUCAAAUAAUUAGUUUUGUACAUGGUGUGAAUCUUGGCAUGUGGUAUUUAAAUUGUAUUGCAUAAUGGUGAAUUACUCUGACCAUAUCUCUCAUUAAAUAAUUCAAGCAUGUUUUGAAAAUAUUAGCAACACAGACAAACGUGCUCUUAUUUUCAGUGUAACUCUUUGUAAUGUCUUGUUAUCACAGUCAUUCAAUUAAAAUCAAGAUGGUGAUUGUUAUAUAUAUACACAUAUAUAUAUGUUAUACAUAUAUUAACACAGCACUAUAUCUGUCUGGAUCAGGCAGCGUUGUAACAAUUCAAACACGUUAUUUUUAAAUGACAGCUUCUAUUCAUUUCGUGGAGCUGUACAAAUGAGUGGUGCUGAAAUGCGACCUCUCGGACCUUUUAAAAUGUAAGAAAGUAAAAUUGUAUGUUGUACUCUGUAGUUUCUGUUUUUGUGGUUAAAUAAAUAAUAUAACACUAACGUUCAAGUAAUAAUCUGUGAGAUAGAAGUGAGACUGGCUUAACAAACGUGUUUAGCACUAAAUAUAUAGAGAAAUUGUAUAAAAUAAAUUGUAAUUGUGGUGGUACAGUAUGAAAAUAUUUUAGGUUAAAUUUUUUUUUAUUAUUUCUUCUAUAUGUUACUUUUUAUGUUUCAAGCACUUUAUUUUUAAAUGACAGCUUUUAUUCAUUUCGUGGAGCUGUCCAAGUGAGUGGUGCUGAAAUGCAACCUCUCGGACCUUUUAAAAUGUAAGAAAGUAAAAUUCUAUGUUGUACUCUGUAGUUUCUGUACUUUUGUUGUUAAAUAAAUAAUAUAACACUAACGUUCAAUUAAUAAUCUGUGAGAUCAAAUAAGCAUUUGAAUGCCAUUUUUACCCUGCACAUUGUAAGAAGCUAAAACACGGUGUUGUUACUACAAUGAGGUAUAUCUUCCUGAUCAGAUCUUCCAACAUUAUUUGCACUGGUGAAACCUAAAUUAUUCAGAUUUAUUUAAUUAUGUGAAGUGAUGUUUAAAUUAUAAAUCUGGUAAUCUGGCAAAUUAGAAGUUUCCUCCAGGAAGCACCUUUUAUGCUAUUUGACAAAACAUGACAUGUGUAUAAAUAUUUAAUGUAUUAGUCAUUCACAUUGUGUAGUGGGCCCGCAUGGUGUCAGUAUUACACAAGGAACUUGUGUAAGAUACUCCUCGUUUGCGUCAGACUGGUUAGUAGCCCAGAGAUCACUGACUGUUCUGAGUACGAUAGGGCACAUUUAAAUACACACAUUAGUGAAUUGCGCUUAAGAUAUCGCGUUUUAUAGAUGCAUACGGUAAUCGUAAGGAGCAUAAUUUUGGAACUGUUCCUCAAAAGAAGAUUUUCAUCAUGAGUGCUGGAGAACAAAGGCGCGGACGGGAGUACUGGUGGACUGCUCUGUAUUUCCCAUUGCUUUUGUGCUUCGGACUGCAGGUUUCGGCUCAGAUAAGAUACACUACUCCAGAGGAGGUAAAAAAGGGAUCUGUUAUUGGAAACAUUGCUAAGGAUUUGGGGCUUGAUGUCAGUACAUUGGUAGACAGACGAUUUCGUAUCGUUUCUGGAACAAAUGACGCUAUUUUCCAGGUAAAUCAGAACAAUGGCGUGCUUUUUGCGGAUAAGCAUAUCGACAGAGAAGAGCUCUGUUAUGGAGAUGUUGCUUGUGUGAUAAGCUUAAAAACCGUUGUUGAAAAUCCACUUGAAAUCCAUUAUGCUGAAGUUGAAAUAAUCGACGUAAAUGACCACGCACCUACGUUUGCUGAUAAAGAAUUGAUGUUAGAAAUAGCAGAAUCGACCCUGCCUGGUGAAGACUUUCAGUUGCAGGAGGCAACAGACCCUGAUUAUGGCACAAAUUCGGUUCGGCUUUAUAAACUAAGCCAAACUGACUAUUUUGAACUUGAGCUUCGCGAAAAUGGAGAGAAAAAAAUCCCCAUCUUAAAAUUACGCAAACUACUUGAUAGAGAGCGUCAGAUCAGUCACAGUCUAUUAGUGACUGCUGUUGACGGUGGAAAUCCAGCGCGAUCUGGGAGUAUCAUUAUUAAUAUCACAGUUCUAGAUGAUAAUGACAACAGACCAAAAUUCAGCCAAGAGCUUUACUCAGUCACGUUGGAAGAAAACGCCCCGGUUGGUACCCUUGUCAUUAAAGUGAAUGCCACUGAUUUAGAUGAAGGUCAGAAUGGAGAAAUAGUUUAUUCAUUUGUGAAAAAUGUCGAUAAACUAGUUUACGAGACCUUUGAAUUGGACAGUUCUGGAGAAAUCAGAGAAGGUGAUUUGGACUUUGAGAAAAAUGAUGUUUAUAGAAUUGGUGUUAUGGCAUCAGAUAAAGGGCAACCACCGAAGACAAGCAACUGUAGAAUUGUAAUCAAAAUAAUUGACAAAAAUGACAAUAGUCCCGAGGUGGAAGUCACCUCACUAUCUGACGUAGUUCCUGAAGAUUCUAAACCGGGGACUGUAGUUUCGCUUAUUAGCGUUACUGAUAAAGAUUCAGGGGUAAAUGGAAAAGUUGUUUGUAAAAUACCUGACAAUGUGCCGUUUGAAUUGAAGCCGUCCUUUAAAGAAAAUAUGUACUCUCUUGUGACAAAUGGCAAGUUAGAUAGAGAGCUUGUGUCUCAAUAUGAUGUCACAAUAACAGCCACAGACCUCGGUCAGCCUCCUCUGUCCUCAAUAAAGACAUUAAAGGUCCAAAUAUCAGAUGUGAACGAUAACGUUCCAGAAUUUCCUCAAAACCCGGUAGAGGUAUAUUUAAGGGAAAAUAAUUCCCCAAGCGCGUGUAUAUAUUCUGUUACCGCGUUUGACAAAGAUCUAAAUGAAAAUGCUGCCAUAACUUAUCAUAUUAUUAGAGAAGAAGGUACAAAAAGUCACAUGGCAUCUUUCCUCAAUGUAAAUGCAGACAAUGGAUAUAUAUACGCCCUUAAAAGUUUUGACUUUGAAACUGUAAAGACAUUCCAAUUCCAUGUGCUUGCAACAGACUCUGGAUCUCCAUCUCUAAGCAGUAAUGUGACAGUAAACGUGUUUAUUUUGGAUCAGAACGACAACGUUCCAGUGAUCUUAUAUCCAGUGAGUGCUAACGGUUCUGCUGAAGGUGUGGAGGAGAUUCCCCGCAAUGUGAACGCAGGUCAUUUGGUGACUAAAGUCAGAGCCUAUGACGCAGAUAUAGGAUACAACGGCUGGUUAUUAUUUUCACUGCAGGAAGUUAGUGAUCACAGUCUGUUUGGUUUGGACCGCUAUACAGGACAGAUAAGAACCCUUCGCUCAUUCACAGAAACAGACGAGGCCCAGCAUAAACUGGUCAUACUGGUGAAAGACAAUGGGAACGUUUCUCUCUCAGCAACAGCGACUGUGAUUGUGAAAGUUGUGGAGCCCAAAGAGGCUUUUGCAGCUUCUGAUGUUACAAACGCAGUGAAAGACGAGGAGGAAAACAACGUGACGUUUUAUUUGAUCAUCACAUUGGGCUCUGUGUCAGUGCUUUUUAUCAUCAGCAUCAUCGUGUUGAUUGUAAUGCAGUGCUCCAAAUCGUCAGACUAUUCGUCCAAGUAUUUACAAGAUGCGAAUUACGACGGGACUCUGUGUCACAGCAUUCAGUACAGAUCUGGAGACAAACGGUACAUGCUAGUUGGACCCAGAAUGAGUGUCGGUUCUACUCUAGCACCUGGCAGUAAUAGGAAUACUCUAGUGAUACCAGAUCGCAGGAGGAGAGAUUCUGGAGAGGUAAGCACUGUUAAGUUAAACUUUUUUUCUUUUUUAUUAGUAUGUGUGUAUAAACUGAACAGAUUGCAUUGCGUAUUUCUGGUUUUCGGAAACAUUUCAUUCGCAAUGGAGGCUGGAGGACAAAGGCGCGGAUGGGAGUACUGGUGGACUGCUGUAUGUUUCUCUUUGCUGCUAGGAUCCGGACAACGGGUUUCAGGCCAGAUAAGAUACUCUGUUCCAGAAGAAGUGAAAGCGGGAUCGAUUGUGGGAAAUAUUGCUAAGGAUUUGGGACUUGAUGUCAGUGCAUUAGUCGACAGACGGUUCCGCAUCGUGUCUGGUUCAGAUGAAACGCUUUUCGUGGUAAAUCAGAACAAUGGCGUCUUGUAUGUUCAUAGAAAAAUUGACAGAGAACAGCUGUGUGAUAGUAAUGGUCCAUGUUUGGUUAACUUGAAAAUCGUGGUGGAAAAUCCACUCGAAAUCCAUUAUGCUGGCGUUGAGAUACUUGAUGUGAAUGACCAUUCUCCUACAUUUACCGAAAAAGAAAAGCGAUUAGAAAUAUCCGAAUCGGCUCCUCAAGGCACGCGUUUUCAGCUGCAAACUGCGCAUGACCCUGAUAUUGGAGCUAAUUCUGUACGUUUGUAUAAACUAAGCCAAAACGAACAUUUUGAUUUAGAAAUAAGGGACAGAGGAGAUGACAAAUUGCCUUUUUUGAUUUUGCAAAAGCCUCUUGACCGUGAGCACAAAGCUGAGUACAAUUUAACUUUAACAGCAAUAGAUGGAGGCAAUCCGCAGAGAUCAGGUAUACUGAACAUCACAGUUCUCGUUCUUGACGUAAAUGACAACCGCCCCGUGUUUAGUCAAGAUGUUUAUACUUCAACCCUGCGUGAAAACGUGCAAAUUGGAACUUCAGUCAUUAAAAUUAUGGCUAAUGAUUCUGAUUAUGGUCCGAAUGGUGAAGUGUCCUACGCCUUCGGAGGGGAAAAUAAUCAAAAUAUGUUUAAUAUAUUUAGCCUGGAUAGACUGACUGGCGAAAUUCGUGUCAUAGGAGAGGUAGACUUUGAAAAAAACAGCGUUUAUAAGCUGGAUAUACAGGCUUCUGACAAUGGACAGCCGCCUUUGACCACUGACUGUCGAGUAAUUAUAAAGAUACUUGAUGUGAAUGAUAAUGAGCCGAGCAUAGAAGUAACGUCACUAUCGAACAUUGUGAAUGAGAAUUCCAAGUCCGGUACUGUAAUCUCAUUGAUUAGUGUUACAGACAGAGACACUGGUGUUAAUGGUAAAGUCGUGUGCUCUCUGUCUGAAAAUGUUCCGUUUGAAUUAAAACCAUCAGUUCAGGAAAACAUGUACUCGUUGGUAACUAAAGGGCACCUGGACCGUGAAAUAAUAUCACAAUAUGACAUUACAAUAACAGCGAGCGACCUGGGCCAACCUCCACUGUCUUCUUUUAAAACGUUAAGCCUACAGGUGUCAGACGUCAAUGAUAACCCACCUGAAUUUAUCCAAAAUCCCAUCGAAAUAUAUUUAAAUGAAAACAACGCUGCAGGUGCGCCUAUUCUUACGCUGAAUGCUUUUGACAAAGACUUAAAUGAAAACGCUAUAAUUUCAUAUCAGAUUAUUAAAGGUAAUGCAGCACAUAGUGAAAUAACGUCUUUCCUAAAUAUUAACUCCGAAACAGGGACAAUUUAUGCGCUUAAAAGCUUUGAUUUUGAAACUGCCAAAACUUUUCAGUUUUACGUUCUCGCAACAGACUCUGGGUCUCCGUCUCUGAGCAGUAAUGUGACAGUGAACGUGUUUAUUCUGGAUCAGAACGAUAAUGUUCCAGUGAUCUUAUAUCCAGUGAGCGCUAAUGGUUCGGCUGAGGGUGUGGAGGAGAUUCCCCGCAAUGUGAACGCAGGUCAUUUGGUGACUAAAGUCAGAGCCUAUGACGCAGAUAUAGGAUACAACGGCUGGUUGUUAUUUUCACUACAGGAAGUUAGUGAUCACAGUCUGUUUGGUUUGGACCGCUAUACAGGACAAAUAAGAACCCUUCGCUCAUUCACAGAAACAGACGAGGCCCAGCAUAAACUGGUCAUACUGGUGAAAGACAAUGGGAACGUUUCUCUCUCAGCAACAGCGACUGUGAUUGUGAAAGUUGUGGAGCCCAAAGAGGCUUUUGCAGCUUCUGAUGUUACAAACGCAGUGAAAGACGAGGAGGAAAACAACGUGACGUUUUAUUUGAUCAUCACAUUGGGCUCUGUGUCAGUGCUUUUUAUCAUCAGCAUCAUCGUGUUGAUUGUAAUGCAGUGCUCGAAAUCGUCAGACUAUUCGUCCAAGUAUUUACAAGAUGCGAAUUACGACGGGACUCUGUGUCACAGCAUUCAGUACAGAUCUGGAGACAAACGGUACAUGCUAGUUGGACCCAGAAUGAGUGUCGGUUCUACUCUAGCACCUGGCAGUAAUAGGAAUACUCUAGUGAUACCAGAUCGCAGGAGGAGAGAUUCUGGAGAGGUAAGCAGUAUUAAUUUCCUCUAUCUGUAUUUUCCGUUUAAAUGA